GUGUUUUUAGAAUGAAGUACCUAGCCGCCUACGCGCUGGUCUCGCUUUCCGGCAAGACACCCUCUCAGAGCGAUGUAGAGGCAGUCCUCAAGGCUGCUGGUGUGGCAGUUGACUCUUCGCGUAUUCGUUCCCUCUUCAAGGAGCUCGGGGGAAAGAGCUUCGAUGAGUUGUGCAUGGAGGGGAAGAGCAAGCUCGGUGCCGGUGGCGCUGCUGCACCUGUCUCUGGAGGUGCUGCCGCUGCGGCUUCUGGAGCUGCCCCUGCCGCUGCUGUCCCUGAGGCGGACAACAAUAAGGCUCAGCCCGUGGACGAUGACGAAGACGACAUGGACUUUGGUCUCUUCGACUAGAAAUAGAAAUAAAAUUUUUUUAUUUUCAUAGUUAAUUAUUUUCCAAUACAAGCCUUUCAUUUAUUUGAUUUGUGCAGGGAAUGUACUUUCAAGCAGAUGACAGAAAACAUACCCUAUUAACUAAAGUAGCCCUUUCUCCCUUAGCUCUAUAAUUUGGUGCAGGGCCAUGGAGCUCAAUCAAAGCCAUUUUGAAGUUAGUGCCAUAAUACUAUUAUGUUUCAGUAUUUAGUCUGCGGCUCAUUUAAUGAUGAGGCUAUAUUAUUUUAGACAGUUAACAUAUGCGUCGAUCCCUAUGAGAGGGUAGCCUGAACUAAAGCAGACGGAUCCACCCCUCUAGUCAACAGGAUUUUUUCACUCUUUCUACAUCUGUUUCAGUGAACAGACAUAGGUCAAAUCGCGAAUAACGGUGAGUACUACUGUAUUUCAUGGGACAUUUUUUUCGGAAGUUAUUCUAAGUUGCAAAGGGGGGGGUGUAGCACACUAGAAAAGGGCACGUUUCCUGAAAAAAGCAUCUAACCGUUAUCUUCCUCCCCCCCUCCCUCCCCAAAUUAAAGGAAUAAGCCCUAAGCACUGGAAUACCAUAAGAGUAUUUUUUAGCACUUAAGUUCUUCUUUCCACAUGUGGUGCGAGGCGCUUUCCUUUGAAAUGACAUACCACAGGAACCAUCAUGUGAUGAGAAAAUAAGACUUGUUGACUGGUGUGUUUCACUGAUCUCUGUGGAAUUCACGUAUAAUUAGUGCUGUCAUGAUGUGCAAGUGAAGAAGUUUACCUAUCGAACACAUUGGCGUGAAGAAUAUACAGUCAUCACUACCUAGGUUACGACACUAGUAAAAGUUAUCUGAAUUUUGCGCUUGGUGUGACAGUGUUAUUGCCGUCACUGGGUUACACAAAUUGGGUGCAGGUGUUUCACACCUCCCCUGAGCUAAGUGGAUCUUCGUAGCAAGACUAAGGAUUCUUAAAUGGAUUCUGAGUUUUCAUUUAUCGUCCCUCCGUACCUUCCUUGCGCAGAGAAGAAGUGGUACACAUAUUUACAUAAAAAGAAUAAGG